UGCACGAUUCACACUUCAAACCCUUUACAUUGAUACUUUACACUAGCCCAUAAACCCUCACGACGUCCUUUUGUACACGCAGCACCCUACCAAAAAAAUGAAGUUCGCCACAGCCGCCGUCCUCAUCCUCACUGCGGUCCCCGCCGCACUUGCUUGUUGCAAGCAAAAGGGAAUCACCUCGUGCUGCGGCAAGGGCAAAUGCAACAUCUUUUGCUGCAACUGCGAUGGCGGCUGCAGGGACAAUUGUGGUGCCAACCUGCCCAUCUGCUGGGCGACCGGUGGUGCGAAUGUCAUCUGCGCCCGGUCCCCGGGCGCCGAGGAGAUGUCGUCGAUACCGUCCAAAUUGGACAUGGUCGAGGGUACCUUAGGAUCCAGUGUCGCCGGCCUCUCGGCUGAGGAGCGCCGUGCCGAGGAUGUCAAAGUCUUCAACCAGGUCGACCUCGACGGCAAGGGCUUUUUCACCUACGGCGAGUUCCUGGACUUUUCCGGCGAGCCGGACUCUGAGGAGCUCAAGGAGUAUUUUGCAAAGUACGACAAGAACGGCGAUGGCGGUAUCACUGUCGAGGAGAUGCGUCUUGAAUAAGGCGAUCCUCGGCUUUUCGGGCCCUACGUCUUGAAGCUACACGUACGUGGCUUGCAGAUGUUUGGUCAAAUAUUAUGGAUCAGAGUGAUAUUCUCUUCAACACUAUACUCAGGAAUUAGGGGCUACGUCACGGCAGACCAAGGUUAUGGGGGCAUUACAACAUACGAAAAUCCUGAUUAGGGGUGUACUGUUUGUGAGCUGAGCUGGCAGAUUUCUUUUCUAUCAGAAAAUUGGGAAAACGAAAACUGGGAUGGUUGAGAGAACCAUUGCAAAGCAAUCUUGUAUGAAAAGGUCAUAAAAUCACUGGUCCCUGGCAACCUCACUCCGUG